AUUAUCAAUAAAAGGUGUUGAAAUUAUGAAUGGUCUUCAGCUGUCUCAGAGCUGUGAUCUGUCUCUACCCUGCUGCGCAGAUGAAGGGUCACUGUCGAGCACAAAGUGCCCCCAGAUCAGUGGGGUCAGAGUUCAGCUGGAGAUGCAGGCACUUUGGCAGCAGUUUGACCAGCUGGGCACAGAGAUGAUUGUUACCAAAGCAGGAAGGCGGAUGUUUCCGACAUUCCAGGUACGGAUCUCUGGGAUGGAUCCCUCUGCCGAAUAUGUUCUUCUCAUGGAUUUUAUCCCUGUCGACAGCAAAAGAUACAGAUAUGCAUUCCACAGCUCAUCCUGGUUAGUGGCGGGAAGAGCAGAUGUCGCAGCCCCAAGCAGGAUGCAUUUCCACCCAGACUCACCUGCCCGUGGAGCCCAGUGGAUGAAGCAGACUGUGUCCUUCGACAGCCUAAAGCUCACCAACAACCUGCUUGAUGACAACGGACAUAUGAUACUGAACUCCAUGCAUCGCUAUCAACCCCGCUUCCAUGUGGUGUAUGUGGAUCCAGCGCCCAACAGCCACUUGAAUGCAUACAAGAACUUCUGCUCUUUCUCGUUCCCUGAGACACGCUUCAUGGCUGUAACUGCUUAUCAAAACCACAGGAUCACUCAGUUAAAAAUUGCAAGCAACCCAUUUGCUAAAGGCUUCAGGACUACAGACCCCCAGGCUUGGGCGGGUAAUCCCAGUCCUCUAGCAGUGUGGUGUCCACCAGAGGGCAGAGCUGAAUCUCAAAUCGACAAAUCUGGAGAGCAAAUAAACUGUGAAUCAAAGACUUCAACCAGGCAGGAGGGCCUGGACCCGCUGAUGAUGGAGCAGUGUGAACUGUUUCAUCACAGUAAAGACUCCAUAGGACGCACGGAGAGGAAAGGUGGGAGCAGUUUUUUAGCACCUGCCCCCUGCCUCCAUCUCCCCUCCUUCUGGGACCGUGCAGGGUCAUCAUGAGACAGCCAGUCUGUCAAGGUUCAAAAGAAGCAAAGUGUUUUGAAUGAAAAAUGACCCUCCUGUUAUAUAAUAUCAUGUGAUAACUUCAUACUGUGUUUACAGUAGUUUUGAGUAACUACUACUAUACAAAAUAAUGUCUUAUGGAUACUUAUAAUUAUUUAAAUGUAACAUAAAAGCCAAUGUCUACAUGAAUUAUGACAAACACUGUGAAUAAUACCAUACAAGCACUUCAAGGACAUAGUAGUUAAGUGUGUUAACGCCGCAGUUAUACAGUUAUAGAGUGUUAUGUUAUCUAUGUAGUUAUAGUUCGUCUCCAUAGCAAUAUUUAUAAAAUCGUGUUCAACGUUUGUGCGGCUGUAAUGCAUCUGUUUGUUGUCUGACAUAAUAAAACAGCACCCUGAAGUUUU